AUGGUGAGAUUCAUCGAAGAGAAUAUUACUAAAAUGGUGGAGACAAAUAUCAUCUCAAACUCUGAGGUUUUAUACGAAGGAAAUACGUCGCCGGCCACCAAAGUUCUUCAAGAUUUUAAGAUCAACGACGAAAACGUUGGAAGAGGAGGAUUAAUAAGAUCAUGGGUUGAUUCCAUGAGAGCUUGUUCUCCUACUCAUCUCAAAUCUUUCAACAACCAUUCUUCUUGGAUCAGAGAACACCCAUCAGCUUUGAACAUGUUCGAAGAAAUACUUCUUGCAACUGAAGGAAAACAAAUCGUAAUGUUUCUUGAUUACGAUGGUACUCUAUCUCCCAUUGUUGAUGAUCCUGAUAGAGCUUUCAUGUCUAAGAAGAUGCGAAGCACUGUGAGGAAACUUGCAACGUGUUUUCCAACAGCCAUAGUUAGUGGGAGAUGCAGAGAGAAGGUUUAUAGUUUUGUGAAAUUAACUGAGUUGUACUAUGCUGGAAGUCAUGGCAUGGACAUCAAAGGACCAGAACAAGGACCAAAAUACAAGAAAAAAAACCAGUCUCUUCUUUGUCAACCUGCAACGGAGUUCCUCCCGGUGAUCGACGAGGUUUAUAAAAAAUUAGUUGAGAAAACCAAAUCGAUUUCAGGGGCAAUAGUUGAGAACAACAAAUUUUGCGCUUCUGUUCACUUUCGAUGCGUAGAUGAAAAUAAAUGGAGUGACUUGGCCCUUCUAGUUCGAUCAGUGUUGAAGAAUUACCCCAAGCUCAUGCUUACCCAAGGAAGAAAAGUGUUGGAGAUUCGUCCAAUCAUAAAAUGGGAUAAAGGCAAAGCACUCGAGUUCUUGUUAGAAUCACUCGGAUAUGAUAACCGUACCGAUGUAUUUCCUAUAUAUAUUGGAGAUGAUCGUACCGACGAAGAUGCCUUUAAGAUUUUGAGAGAGAAAAGACAAGGCCUUGGGAUUCUUGUAUCCAAAUACGCAAAGGAGACUAAUGCUUCUUAUUCUUUGCAAGACCCAGAUGAGGUUAUGGAUUUUUUAGAACGUUUGGUGGAAUGGAAACAGUUAAGAUGUGAGGCAUGA